AUGCGUAGACACAGAGAUACAUGUCUUGCACGUGUUGUAUCUAACAAGAAGCAAAAGAUUCUGAAUAUUGAAUCUGAGGAGAAUGAUGAUGCCGUCACUAUUGGAAACUUUACAUACGAUCAUAAAAAGAUUGAAAAGAGAAAAUUGAAAACAUUAUUAAGUGUUGUUGAUAAGGUUAAUAUCACUACUGAUAUGCGGACUUCUGGCCAAAAGGUUUCAUAUAUAGUGGUGACUUGUCACUUUGUGGAUCCAGAUUGGCUUCUUAAAAAACGGGUCUUGAACUUUUGUAAUGUACCACCUCCGCAUAGUGGUUUUAUUAUUGCUAAUACUUUGCAAAAGUGUUUUGUUGAUUGGGGUAUUGAAAAUAAAGUAUUUACGGUGACAGUCGACAAUGCCAAAGCUAAUGAUGUUGCCAUUAGAAUUCUCAAAGAUGAUUUUCAAUUGAGAAAGCUCUUAACUAUUGGGGGUAGAUUAUUUCAUGUGCGAUGUUGUGCCCAUGUAACAAAUUUGUUGGUGCAAGAUGGACUUGGCCAAAUUGGAAAUAUUAUUAAUUGUGUUAGAGAAGGAAUCAAGUAUUUGGUAGCAUCUGAGGGAAGUACUUACUUGAUGUUGGUGACUGCUAUGGAAUUCAAGGAAGUGUUCCCUAGAUUUCAAGAUAGGGAUCAAAAUUUUCAAUGGGUGCCUACACUUGAAGAUUGGAUGAAAGUUAAAAAUAUUUGUGAUAUUCUGGAAGUUUUUAAUGAAGUGACCAACAUUGUAUUUGGAAGCGUCUAUCCAACUUCUAAUUUGUUUUUUCCUGAGGUAUGGAGGAUGAAAGAAGUAUUGACUACGAAGAGUGUUGAUAGAAAUGAAUAUAUUCAAGCAAUGGCAAAAAAGAUGAAUGAGAAAUUUGAGAAAUAUUGGGGUGAAUGCAAUUUGUUAAUGGCAAUAGCUGCGGUAUUGGAUCCAAGAUACAAAAUGGUGUUGAUAAAGUUCUGUUUUCCUUUAAUUUAUCCCAAAUUUGAAGCUUCUCAGAAUAUUGAUCUUGUUUUUAAAGUUUUGCAUGAGUUAUAUGAUGAGUAUGUCCAAGUUCAUAAUUCAAGAGCUAUGGGGCAAACUAUGCAGAAAAAUAUUAAUGUAAGUUCUUCAAGCAGCUCUACCAAUAUUUUUGCACGAACUAUGCCAAGUGAGCGGUCAAUGUUCCAAUCUUUCGUUAGAAGUGUUGACACUUUUCAGCCUAUUAAGUCAGACUUGGAUGUAUAUUUGGAAGAAGGUGUUUACAUAUGUGAGGAAGGUACUGAUGCAAAGUUUGAUGCUUUAGAAUGGUGGAAAGUCAAUAAUCUCAAAUAUAAAAUCUUGUCUAAGAUGGCACGUGACAUAUUAGCAAUUCCUAUAAGUACAGUUGCUUCAGAGUCCACAUUUAGUGCUGGUGGUAGAGUUAUCGAUCCAUAUCGAGCAUCUUUGUCAAUUGAAACGGUUUAA